AGUUAUUGAAAUUGAAAUCGAGGAAUCGUACUUCAUAAUUCAUAGGUGUAAUGUGAAUGUGAAGUAAAGUAAUAAAAGUGCUUCUACAACUCAGGAUUAAAUUAUUUAAAUUAGUAAUCUAUGGCUUUUUAUUUGAAGUGAAAUAUCUAGUUUAUGCUACCAGUUUUCAAGUCAUCUAAAUUUGAGUUUGCUGUUUUUAACUCUUAAAGAAAAGACGAAAUGGGGUAAUCGGCGAUUGACAUUUUAGUGUUAUUGGAUUUAAGAUAGUGCUGGUGAUAUAUGUGUGGUUUUAGUAUACACGUGUGAUAGACACAUCGACCGCCAUGUAUUCUAUGAACUAUAUCGGCAAGUUCAUUGCGAACUUCCGGGAAUUCUACAACGAAAUCAAUAGCGCGACGCUGACCGGCGCCAUCGAUGUGGUGGUGGUAGAGCAGCCAGAUGGUAGCUUCACGUGUUCGCCAUUUCACGUUCGCUUCGGCAAACUCGGCGUGCUGCGCUCGAGGUUCAAAGUUGUAUGUAUUACAAAAUUACUAUCCAUUACCUAUUUGAUAAGUACAGGCUUAAGUGAUAACAGAACAAAAACAACAAAAUUAUAUUUUAUCUUUUUAAUGAUUGUUUUUCGUUCAUUUUGGUUUCUAAUUCUUAGUUCAUUAUCAUUGAGUUAUUAAUUAUUAUACAAUUUGUUGAAACAAAAAAGAAGUACUCUUGAUUUAUAGAACAAAAAAGUAAGACUGGUGAAGCGCAAUGUCUUCAUUAUGAUAAUUUAUAAAAAUCUAAAGUUGAAUGUCUUCGAUUUCCAUUCAUUAGCGAAGUGUUGUCUAACAAGAAGAUAAAUAAUGACAUUCAAUAAUGCAUUUUUUGCUUAGAGUGAUUACAUACAUAUAUGUUUUUGCUGCUCUGACUUAUUGUGUAAUUUAAACAUUAACAUAUUGCUUGUAAAAUUCCGUGCGUGUGCUAACUUGAUGUUAAUGAACUAAUAAAACACUACUAUUAUAAUCACAUAUAUUCUAUUCUAAGUGUAACUUUAAAAUUUUGUUUUUAGUAUUUUCAUUAUUAUUGUCAUUGUUGGCACGUAAUAAUCCACUACUGGGCAUCUAGGCUCUAAACUUCUCUCAAGGUGCGGCACGUAAUGUGACUGUUUACAGUGAUUCAAUUCACAUAUAAAAGAAGUUUAUGAAAAUAAUAUUACGUUACAAAAAAGUCCUCACACUAUUAAUUAGACAAAAAAUUAACAGAUUUUUUAAAAUUUUGUUACAACGGAACGCACAAUCCGCCUGAUUGUAAGUGGUUGCUAUGCCCAUAGACACUAACAUCUAUACUCGAUUAAAGAUUAAAUAUACAGAUGCGUUAUCACCCCCGAGUACUAAGAUAGAAUACCUUGUUUCUAGUAAAAAGGAUCUCCGGUUCUCUGCCAUCACCAUACGAAACACAGCAGCAUUAAGCUGCUAUUUCAGACUGGUGUUCUGUGAGGUUCCAGCUACAACCAUAAAAUGGCAUGGUUUUUCCACAUAUAUUUACGUACGACAUUAUUAUUUGAAAAUAACCGACAAUCGAUUAAAGACUGGGGCUCUAACUACAAUCGUUCAAGCCAAAUAGCAGCAUUUUACGUUUCUUUAUUUAUUAAUAUGUGUGAAUAUUCUUGGGAUAAGCGUGUCUCUGUCGCUCAUUGAGGUUAGGGCAGACUUUUUUUGAUAAAGGGAGCUUUUAUAAAAUCGAUAAAUAAUAAAGGAGUUACUAAUUAUUCAAAAGAAAUGUUAUUUUAUCAGCAAUAACAUACAUAAUUUAUAUUUAUAUCACAGUUUCUGGUCGAAGACAGCUGAAUAUACCGAAUCAAGGACACAGCUAAGUGGCAUAGCAACCAAUGAAUGCAAAUAAAACAACAACCAAGUAGUAUGAUUUUCAGCCACGCAGAUUUAGGGAAAAUUGAUCUAUGAUUUUCAUUUAGCACUUAUCUAUAUUCUCGUCUAGUCUUGUCGCAUUUCGUAUCGCAUUGAUGAGAAUUGUAACAGAAAAUUAAACUUUUAAUAAAAAUGUAAAGGAAGACUUC